UGGAGAGUCUUUUGCCCGGUGUGGUUCGUUGUUGGUGCGGUUGUGUUCGGUCGCGGAACGAUUUUCCAUUCUAUAGGUGGUGGAGAACUUUCAGACUUUGUUUUUAGUUUUUCGAUCAGUGAAAUCGUCCAGAGAAGUGCUCAAUAAUAAUUAAUCUACUAUUGCAUGCGAGGUUUUGUAGGGCAAACGUGGGAGUGCCGCUGGUUGGAUUUAUAUUCGAUGGAUUAGGUGUGGACUCUUCCAUAGAAGGGUUCGGUUAUGGAAAGGGGCUGAUCGAAGAUUUAAAAGUGCGAAAUUAUGCAGAACACCUCCUCCAGGCGGCGGAUGCUGUUGGCGGUGAUGAAACUUUAGAGUUUAGUGUUGGAAUAUUAACUUUAAGAAUCAAUUUGCUGGUUUCCUUGCUGAAGAAGUGGUAGAGCAAGGUGUGUUUUUGAUAGGAUGGGCUCAAUUGUUUUGUAGAUGAAAAUGUAAUACUAUUCGGUGGAGAGCAGAUUCUGUGGGGAAAAAUGCUGGUGCAGUCGGAAUAAAGUUGAAUUUCAUUCAUAGAAAGUGUUCGGAAAAGAUUCGUUCAGUGAAAAGUUAUUGUUCUUUGUUGAAUUAGUGGAAAAGUAAAAAAAGGCGACAGACGAAUCUUUUGCCUUUAUCUUCUCCAUCGCAACGGGUGAAUUUGGUCGUUUCCUGUCGUAAGAAAAACGAGAGUGCUGGAGCGGAGAGAAAAGGAUUGCGUUCAUUCUUGUCGUUUCACUGCGGUUUCGAAAUCCGUUCGAGUGGGAAAGUGCUUGAUUACAGCAGAAGGUCCGGUUCGUUUUGGUGCAACUUAAAGGUGUGUUUCAUAACUGUUUCUUUCCCACGAUGAGCGUGAUUUAUCCAUUCGUCCAGAAGCAGUUUCAAUCAUUCCCGCCGAAUCAAGCUGCAGGCCUUCCAUCGCCAACGAUGGGAGUGUCUCGAAGUAGCAGGUCCUGCACAAAACUGAAGCUCCCCCCAAACUGCCAUUCGACCGCCACCGAAAGCCAUAGCCGUAAUCGCCAAAUUGCCAUCACCAGCAGCCUUCGCCCACCCCGAAGGCGUUCCUCCUCCAGCAGCAGCACCACCACCACUACCACAAGCAUGAUCUCAUCGACGCGGCAAAACUGGCGGAGCGCAGGACCCUUGUGGGCCCUGGCGGCCAUCACAUUGCUCAUCGUUUUUAGCAGUAGCCAAUUCAGUAGUGUACAAGCCGCGGAGUCAUUUAUUCUGAAAAUCCGCACGACUGAGUUUUCCAACAUUAGUGAAACGUCAACCUUCCUCAGCUCAACGGCCUACAAUGCGCGCGGAAUGGCCCCGUUGUACAAUCUGACCAACCUGGUGAUCAAGCUGUUCGUCGAUACGAACCCAGUGCCGGAGGGUUACCUCAUCGUCCGGGAAGGGGCCUUCGAAUUUGGUCCAAAUGUGCAGGAAAACAACUGGAGUCCGCUCUUGCGGGAGUACUGGGCCGUCCUGCUGGUGACGGUAGUCUGCGUCCUGCUGAUCGCCCUGAUGCCCAUAAUCGGCCUGUGUCUGUGCUGUUGUCGGUGCUUCGGCGGAUGCGGUGGUCGCACGCAACCGUUCGAUAAGAAACACGAUACCUGCCGGCGGGUGCUUUUGGGAUUGCUGCUGAUUUGCACCACAUCCUCGCUAGUGUUUGGCGUCGUUAUUGCAUACGCCACCAACAGCUACAUGCAGCAAGGCGUGGAAAACAUCACAACAUCGGCGAGGUAUGGCGUGGACGACUCACGUGAAUUCCUGCAGUCCACGUCGCGACAAAUUUCUCAGCUGUUGGACACCAACUACCAAGAACUGAGCACCCAACUAAAACAAACUUUAAACGAGGCUUCUGACAUUAUCAUCCAACGGCUCGAGGAACAGUCCAAGGCUGAAAAGCUCAACGCGCUGAACGAAUUCGUCGAACAGCUGCCAGCCAUCGAGAAAAAUCUAGAGCGUAUGACGCAACUGACACGGGACCUACGGGUCAAUGCCUCCCAGUUAAACGAUGGAUUGCGUGGGGUUAAACGUGAACUCUUGGCCUCUUUGACCAAGUGUGGCACCCAGGAGUGCAUCAACGUGAUGGAGGACUACAAAAUCGGCCGGUUGGACACCAAUGGAAUCGAUUACAAUUCGCUGCCCGAUCUGAGCGAGAUCACCAACAACGUCCAUGAGCUGCUCUCCGAUAACAUUGAUAAGGCGGUGCAGAACGGUGUCCGAGAGCUGGAAAACAUGAAGCAAAACUUGCAGGAAACCGUGCGUAGCCGCAUCCCACAGGUAACGGCGGCUGCGGACAGCACCGGCCGUGCCAUCAAAUCUGCUUCCGAUGAGCUUACGUCCAAGCUGAACAACGUCAACGAUAUGAUUGGGAACAACACGGUGCGGCACUUGGAUACGGCCGACAGCUACAUUGCACAGUACAGUAUCUACCGGUAUUAUGCUGGAUUGGCGGUGAGUUCACUCCUACUGCUGAUCCUGUUGUGUCUGAUAUGUGGACUGCUCUGCGGAAUCUGUGGUAAGCGACCGGAUGGUUACGGGGACGAUUGCUGCAAUAAAGGUGCUGGAGGAAGAUUCUUGAUGUUUGGAGUUUUCAUAAUCUUCCUCGCGUUUUCGGCCACGUUAAUUAUAACGUUAGUGUCCUUCCUGGCGGGAAGUCUUGUCCGGCGAAGCGUUUGCGAUUCGCUGAAACAGCCCCACGAUAGUCAGCUCAUUUAUUACAUCGAUACGUACUUCAAUUUGAACAAACAGUACCAACGGAUAGGGGCUCAGAGUGCGCGAUCUAAAUGGAAGCAACAGGGAUCAAAUAGACAGCUGGAUCCGAUUACAAUCGCUGAUGUGAUUGAGUCUUGCGGCGCAAACAAUUCUAUUUAUCAGGUGCUCAAGCUGUCUAACUUCUAUGACAUUCAGGAAAUUCGUCAGUUCCCAGAAGAAUACGGCAUCACACGGGAGCUGGAGCGGCUGAAGGAUGAGAUUAAGGUUCCAGAAGUUGAAAUUUUGGACGAUCAAGCCAAGACGAACAUCGGUGUUUUACGGGACUCCCGUUUAAACGAUUUCGCGGCUUAUAAGUUUGUUGAAAACUUAACAAAUAACAUCACACAAAACAACCUCAACGAUAUAGCUAACGAAUUGCGCAAAGUAGCCAGCCAGGUGCCCUCGGGUAAGGAUAUGAAUGAGAUCAAGGUGAAUCUGAAGAACCAGGCUCUGCAUCUGUCAUCUUAUCAGUCUAAUCUAGUCGAACCGAUGUUGCGCUACACAAAUGAGCUUGUCAACCUUUCAACCACGUUGGAUCACAGCUUGAAGUUCGGACGCGACUCGUUCGCCGAGGCCAUCGAUGAGUUCUUGACCGAAAUUCAGGAGGCCGAAAAAUACAUCAACGAAUACGGACAGGACUUUGCCGUGUCGGUUACCAUGGAACUGACGGAAGGCGUCCUGGCGCAGAUUCACUCGUAUCUGAACUUGGUCAUUGAAUCCACCAGCAGGCACAUCGGGCGCUGCGGACCGCUGUUCAAUGUGUACGAAUCAAUGCAGGUGGCGACCUGUAAUAGGAUUGUGGAUCCAUUCAAUGGAUUCUGGACUGGAGUGGGAUGGUGUUUGGCCAUCUUCCUGCCGACAAUCAUACUUUGCGUGAAGCUGUCCACGCUCUACUCCAAGUCUGAUCCCUAUCCUGGACCUCUGGUCGAAUCGGAGUACCUGUAUGAUGCAUACAGUGAACGGGACAACAUUCCACUGGCGAGUGGACCGAAAAACAAACGCCGCAAGAAGAAUGAUCGCCGUAGGGAGUCCCGCGAUCGACGUGAUGUAUACUACGAAGAUGGCAGCCCUUCCGGAGGCCACAGUCGGGAACCAAGAUACAAUGACAUGGCACCAAAGAACUGGGACGGUGCUCCACCUCGCUACCAGAAUCCACCGAUGGCUCCUCCGGCGACUGAAUACGAACGGCCACCACCGUACUACUAUCCGGGUGCACCCAGCGAGCAGGAUUGAAUUUCUCCCCGACACGAGGUCCCUGAGUUUUAACUGACUGGAUUUGCUCUAGCAACUAGAAAAUCACGAGAGAGUGACAUCCGUACCAAUCGCCUAGAGAAGUGUAAAUAAUCAAUGCUUUUCUCCCUAGUUUUUGUUAAUAGGAUUAAUUAAAAUACCCCCGAAUUCGGUUUGAGUAAUCCUAAUUUGGUUUGACGUCCCUUUUUUUUAUUUUAGGAAGUUGUAGAAUUCGGUUCUAUUCGAUUAUCGAUCGAACUAAAAUCCAUUCCAAAAGCCAAUUUGCUCAAAUCAAACAUAACGCGUCAAGUCCAUUUUGUCCCUUUUUACUCAGCAAUUUUUAUUCAGUGUGUAGGAAUUUGUAAGCGGAGAAACUCAACCAAAUAAACGGAAGUAAACCUCCCCGGUAGGUACAUUGAAUUUAACCAAACUGCCAUUUUUUAGUCUUAUGACCAUAGUGUGCGCAGUGACCCCAUCGAAGUGUCCCAAGUGAAUGCCGCAUUUCUUCUCUUGAAACCGAUUGAAAUUAUAACCGAUCUUUGGAACCUUUUCUGUCGAUCAAAACUGCUGCUUCUAGAACUGCUACUAUCAAUAAACGAAAACAACUAAAACAUCUACUGGUUUAGUCGUAUUUUACCGAGAAUCAAUUGUAUAACUAAUCAAAUCUUUUGAUAAUAAUAACUCAACAAAGUAUAUAGACGAAAGGCUGAUUAUUUCUUAAACAAAAGAAGAUUACGGAAAAAGUAGAAUGAAAUCAGAUUUGACAGUAGAACGACGAGUACGGUUCUGGCAGACAAAUAAUGAAGAUUAUUUCGACGCUACAAACAAAAAGCGAGGAGAAUAGUGAUAAUUUUUGAAAUAGGAAUCCUAUUGAUAAUGAAAAUUGUGAUUAUGUUUAGUUAAAGUUUUUUUUUCUUGAGUGAACAAAUUUUAUGAGAAUUAUGUUAGGAAUCUCGCAUCGUAGUUUUUCCUUUGUUUCUGAAAAGUGUUCAAUUUCGCAGAUAUGUUUUUCGUUGAAUGGGAAACAUAACUGAGCACACCAAUCGCUGAUAUUGAAAGACCUUUAAUUUUUAGUUUCAUAUAGAGUACAUUUAAACCUCUUUUUACGACACUAAUUCGGGAUAAGUAAAGUUAAUUAGUUUUAAUUUUCAUUAUAUUUAAAGAAUCAAAUCAGCAAAUCGAUUUAGCAAAAUAUUAAAAAGCGAAAUAUAUAGGAUUUUAUUUUCAGGAAUUGCCUCUACUGUGAAAAGUGCCGUAAAAAGGGGUUUUAAAUGAUACUUCAAUAGUUUGGUUUCUUAACGUUCGUGUAUGUUCUCACUAGUUUGCAUAUUCACUCAUCAUUAAUUACAAACUGCUUAUGAGGGCUGAUCGCAUUUCAGUCAACUCAAUAAACAAUUGGAGGUUAACGACAGCAUGUAAGAAAAAUUAGUCACAUCAGAUUACUUCUUAAGGAUAGAUGAAACAAUAACGAUUCAAUGCUAAAACAUAUAAAUGGAACCCGAUACAGUAUACAAGAAUUCAAAUAGUCACCUUAACUUGUAAUAGUACCAGCGGUUCGAUGGCUGUAAAUUAUGUGAAUGAUUCGCCGCCUUAGGAGAAAACAGUAAGGCAUCUUAUCACAAAGACCAGUUGUAUUUGCUCACCUUCGAACGUGGUUCUAACUUUUUGAAACGAAGUGGGCAAGUUGCAUUUAGUUUUUAUUUUAUAUUCUAUUAGUACGUAAUUGGCCAAUAUUCUUCCCUCAGUGUAAACAUUGCAUUAUGGGAGGACGGCACGGAAACAAAAAACUAAAAUGGCUGCCGAUUAUACUUUGUUCGAUAUGCAAAAUACAAAAAAAAGAACACAAACGUAAUUUUAUGAGAAUCAUUCGAAAACAUACCCUACAUAAAAAGAUAAAUUGAUAAAAGACUUUAUAUUUCUUUCACUGUAUAUCUAUAUCAAUGUGGAAACAUUUUAAGGUGUAAAAAGAACUACAACAAGCAAGAUUAAUAACACUCCACAAGUUCAUCACUUUAGAUGUUCAAAUACACAUUUCAUCAUUAUAAAACAAAAAAAAACAAAGAUAUCACAUACACGAAAUUCGAUAUACAAAUGUACUACGUGUCUUUGAUCGCCAUGGAAGCCGAUCAGAAAUGAUUCGACUAUCUUCUAAGAUUUGAACGUGAUCAUACCGAUUGAAGAAACAUUCUAAAAACCGAA